AUGGAAUUGGCGGAACCGACCGAACCGGACGAUGGGGGAGCCGCAAGGGGCGGGGGAGAGGCGGAAGAGGCGCGAGGGGUGGCGCGAGAGGAGGGAGAGUUGGCGCAAGAGGAGGGAGUGUUGGCGCGAGAGGAUCGAGAAUUGGAACGAGCGGCGACGCGAGAGGUGCGAGAGGAGCGAGAGUUGGAGCGCGAGUUGCAAGAGUUGGAGCGCGAGGAGCGAGAGUUGGAACGAGAGUUGCGAGCUGUGGCUCGAGGGCAGCGAGAUUUGGCGCGGGAGGCGCGAGAGAGGCGAGAGGCGACGCGAGAGGCGACGCGAGAGGCUACGCGAGAGGCGCGAGAGGCGGUUGGAGAGGCGCUAGCGGCGGUUACGGAAGGUGGUGCUCUAUCGACAGAGGAGGUGGUGAACAUGAUCUACAGUGUCGUGGGCCCCUUGAGCGAGGAUGAUGAUGAUGAUGACUCGUCGCUGGACGACCAUGGCGAUAGUGGCGACGACAGUGAGGAGGAGGACGGGGAGGCUAAUAACGAGGAUAUAGAGGCUAUGGAAGCGAGGGCUGCGAGGGAUGCGAGGGAUGCGGAGAUGGCGGAGGAUGGGGAGAUUGUUAUGACUGACGAGGUGGAUAUGUAUGACGACUAUACAGAUGACGACGACGAUGAAGAUGACGAUUCGGACGAUGAUAGCGAGGAGGAUUAUAACGAGGUCGAAGACCCGCACUAUAACGAGCGGAGGAGGUCGGUGCAGAGGGUCGCGUCCGCGAUAGCAGCAGCUCCGUUAGACGACUGGGGCGCGGUGAAGGGCGCGCAGGUGCACGAGGAGGCCAAAUACCUGCUGGAUAACGCCUGCUCCACAUACCGCCUGCCCUCAGGGGUGUGUCACCACCAGUGCUGCGACACUCUCGUGGCUGGCCCCGGCCCUGUUGCCUCUACAUGUGCCGCACAAAGCUCUGCCCGGGACGAUGCAGCACCAGCACCAUCACCGGCAUUAGCAUCAUUCCCGCAACGACCUCCUCCCCUCUCACCGCCACACUCCCACUCCUCCCCUUCCUCCUCCUCCGCCGGCCCCCCACCACCGUUUUCCCAAGAGAUUAUAUGCACGGUGCAGCGCUUGGUGACGCUCUACAGCACGGCGCGGCGGGAAGUGGUGGCGGUGACGUCUCUGCCCUCGGAGCCCUACAGCAUCGAUAGAUUCGGAGACGUUGUGGUGGCGGGGUGCUACGGCACUGUCUGCUUUUACCUCAUUCGCAGGGAGCUCGUGAAAAAGACAGCUGGUUGGACCAAGGACGGCGCCCCAGAGCGCACCACCGCAUCCCACCCCGCCCAUCACCAUCACCACCACUACCAACCACAGCAGCCGCAGAGGGAGGGCAAGGGGCCAGCAGCAGCAGAGGAAGAGGAGGAGGAGAGGGUGUGGUUUGAGGCGGCAGGAAUGGUGGGGGGGUUUGAGAGCAGUCUCAUUGGCUCUUCCAUGUGCAAUUCCAUUCGGUUCGGCACCGUUGGUAACUGGGUGCGCAUGCUAGUGGCCCAUCAGAACGGUUAUCUCUACCUCUUCACACUGCCGCCGCCUUUCCAGCCCGGCACAGCCCGCCACGUGGGCCGAUCUGAUUGGGUGUUCGGCGCGCAGAGCCUCGAAGACGCCCGGCAGAUGGCCCUGGAGGCCCGGUGCCGAACCUCCCAAGAAGGUUCGGAGAGCGGCGAGCCUGGGAAGGAGGCCGGGGAAGGAACGAGGCGUGUGGCUGCUGCUGGUGAUGGUUCAAAUUCUGCUGCUACAGCCGCUGCUGCUGCCUCUUCCACACCCGCUUCUGCUGCCGCUGCUGCUACAGCUGCUGCUGCCACAACCCCUGCCAGUGCCUAUGGUGGGGGCAGUGCAGGACUGGAUUUGAACAUGGGUGCUGCAGAGGGGAGUGAAGGCAGAGCUGCUUCAGCCACGGCUGCUGCGGUGGCGUCGGCAGCAGCAGCUGCAGCGGUGCCGGCCCAUUACCCUGCGGGAUCAGUGCCUUUGAAUGUGAAGCUCAACCUGAGAGACCUCACCACCGUUGACAUGCCCACAUCAGCCCCGGUAACAAUUCGCUCGGCCCCAGCAGGCGGGUUGGUGCGCACGUCUGCUCGCCUUAUCAACGCCAUUGGCCCCUUCCCCAUGCCGCUCAACUUCGCCCUUGUUUCGCCCAACGGGGAGUGGAUCGCUGUUGUUGGAGACCUUGCUGCUGUGUGUGUAUUGGACCGAGCAUCUGGGUUCAGCGUGAGUGGCAUGGCCAGCAGGCGGAUCCCAGUGGCUUCUAGGAGGGCCAGGGGCGCCACUCACGGAUGCCAGUACCUGGCCUGGAACCCUUCAUCCUCGUUACUAGCAGUCUCCAGUGACUCGCUUCAAGCCGUGUACGUGUGGGGCGUGUCCCGUACCUCCCAACCUGCACAGGACCAGCUGAGGCGGCAGCUGCAGCAGCUGGAGCAGCUGUUGCAGCGCCGCAACCAGCCACCAGUCAGCGAGGUCGUGGGAUUGGCAGCUUACCACCACCCUGGGGUGCUCGUGUCCACCGAAACCACCGUCUUCCAGUAUCCCCGCAUGGGAGCCUGGUCACCUGCCUCUCACUUCCUCUAUCCCAAGCGUUUCAAGGAGGUGGUACGGCUGCUGCUGCUGGGUCACUAUGCUACGGUUCAGUGGGAUUCCAACGCGACUGACAGCCACAGCAGCCAGGCACAGUCUGACAGCAGGUACCUAUGGUUGCUUCCCCUAGAGGUGCUGCUUCAGAUCAUUGGACAUGCAGCUACACCACUUUCUCUGUGGAUCAGUGAUGCAUAA